GUCAGUCGUCUAAUCAGACAAAAGAGGCUGCCAUCUUGCUUGUCAUAUGCAGCGCCCUCAGUUGACAGCUAACGACGCCGGCAGAGUGAACUUUCGGUGAAUUUUGGAAAUUAAAGAGCUAGAAUGGAGGACAGGGCACCUGCAUGCCUGUUUGCAUUUGGUGUGAUUUCAGACACACAGUAUGCCGACAUCGACAACCGCCCCAACUUCACCAAGACAUGCACCCGCUACUACCGCAAUGCCCUGACACUUCUGAGCGAAGCCAUAGACCACUGGACCAGCAGAGAUCCUUCGGCGGUGCGGCCAGAUUUUGUCAUGCAGUUGGGAGACAUCCUAGAUGGCUUUAACAACGAGGGAGGCAAGGAAGAAUCAUGGCGCAGUCUGGAAACUGUCCUGGGCCAGUUUGACCGACUGCCUUGCCCAGUGCACCAUUUAUUGGGAAACCACGAGUUCUACAACUUCAGCAGGGUGGAGCUCAUGACUAGUAGGCUGUUCACUGGGGCGGAUUUUGAAUCUGCUCCGAGGAACUCCAAGUGUCGGUGUUUUCCCGACGUCAUCCCCACCACCGGAUCAGGCGCGGAGGGCUUAGCUGCGUAUUACCACUUCAGCCCCGCGCCGGGAUUUCGGAUUGUCGUCUUGGACGCGUACGACCAAAGCAUCAUUGGGCAUGCGGAAACGUGUCCCAUCGGCCAGGAAUCACUGCAACUUGUUCGCUCCAUCAACAAGAACAAACUUCUCAAUUCUCCUGAUGGGUUGUCAGUCUCCCAGAGGCGAUUUGUUGCCUUUAACGGUGGGCUUGGGGAGGAGCAGUUGGAGUGGUUGGAAGAUUUGCUACGGCGGGCAUGCUCUGCCGAGGAAAAAGUCAUUGUAUUUGGCCAUAUUCCAAUCUACCCCAUAAACGGAGAGCACACAUGUCUGUUGUGGGACUACCAGGAAGCCUUGAAGAUUUUGCGUUCCUUCCCCUGCGUGAUUGCUACGUUCACAGGUCACACCCACAGCUACAGGUACUGCGUCGACGCGACAUCAGGGAUUCACUUCAUCAGCUUCCCUGGCAUUGUGGAGAUUGGGCCUGGCAGUAAUGGUUUUGGGACUGUUCUGGUGUAUGAAGACAGACUGGUUCUACGUGGUGUUGGCAAAGUCAGAAGUUUUGAGAUGGUGUUUCCCAAAGCAGGCAGCUGUGAACCAGCGGCAGCAGAACAUUUAUGAAACUGGGAUUAGGAGGGGAGGGGGAGGGAGGUGUGAUGAUCGGUGCAAAUGAUCACGAGGCCGAAGACUGCGCUCAGACUUACAAGCUGAAAACCAGAUAUGCAUUAUUCAUUGCACUGAGACACUGUAUACAAACAUGUUCAAUAACUAGUUAACCCUAACCCCGUAGUACUUCCUCAGGACUACCCUGCUAAAUCCAACAGAGUCCAACCUGUCUUUCCUGUUAAAUCCACUGUGCCUCAUUUUCAGUUGUCUGCUGAAUCCAACGGAGUCCAA